GGCUGCGGGCCGAGCCUGCUCCGUCCCGCCGGGGCCGGUCCCGCAGCACGGGGGCCGACGGGGGCUGCCCGCGAAGGGUGUGAGGGUCUGUGGGGCUUUGGGCCUGUUUUUCGAGUCUCUAAGGACCGGAGAGCGGCGAAUGCGGGGCGGGCAACGAGGCCCCUGUGCUGUGGCAGCAGCUGGUGGCACCUUGUCACGGCGCGCGUGAGCUCCCCUUGGCAGGACAGGGAAUAAAGCGCUAAUGAGGGUGUAGAUGCUCCCAGCAGCGAGGCCGUGGCCCAUUGCCCGAGGCAGUUCCUGCGAGGCUCCCUUCAGUGUGCUCAGAACACGCUCAGGGUGUUCACACUGCGAGGUCUCUUGCUUACUUUUGGACUUGGACAGGCCUAAUCUGUGAAGAUAAUUAAAGUUCCUCUGCUGUGGAUGCUGAUUCAGGCUGCUGUUCCUGGAUUUCUGUCUUUGAGAAUUAAUAAAAGUCUGUGUUGUAAGUGAAGAGCCGCGGGCCCGGCCAUGUCCCCGCUGCCGGAGGCGGAGCUGGUGCGCAGCUCGGUGCAGCUGUACCGGUACCUGCUGCGCUGCUGCCGCCGCCUGCCCCCCGGGCACAUCCAGCAGCACUACCGACACGCCAUCCGCCAGAGUUUCAAAGUCCACGCUGAUGAAGAUGAUCCUGUGCGAAUCCAGCAGAUCAUUAAAAGAGCCAUUGAAGAUGCUGACUGGGUGAUGAAUAAAUAUAAAGACCAGAAGUAGAAGAGGAAGGAUGAAACCAAGGAGGACAUUGGUAAACAUCCUUAGAGGACUUGCAGUCAAGCACAUGCUAUAUUAGAAUUAUUGCCUGAAGUUUUGUCUUGGAUAAUAUAAAUACAAUAAUUUAUAUUUCACUGGGAUGUCAUGAAGCUAAAUUAGUAUUUCUGAAGAAAUUUAAUUUUGUAAAUUGCUUUGUAUAAUUGUGAACUUCUAUGUUAAAUCCCAAGCUUGCCUAACA